ACAGAGCACUGGCCAUAGAUUGCACAUCUAUUCCACUUAGAGACACUAGAAUGCCUAGAAGGUGUGUCCACUAUUUUCCCAGUGGUCUGUGAAAGGCAAGCCAGCUCCUGAACUCCAACUUGUUCCUCAAGCUUUUGUGGCCUGGUCUGUAUCAAAAGACAGAAUCUUGACGACUAAGACAUUUUCUUUGGAAGAUGUAACUUCUAAAUGGCUGAUAUUGCCUGGACUUGUUGAGGACGGAGUUGCAGUGGCAAAUAAUCACCAAAUAAUCCUGAGGCUGGGUCAGGUAACACAAUACAGAAGGCCAGUGGUGUGCUGUGUCCCUGGGAUAUUUGUGAAUAUUGCCACCUAUUUCACAGCUUGCAGGUACAAGAGAGGGCAAUAUCUUCAAUCCAAGGCAAUGGGCAAGUAUAUUUGAACACAGAAUGAUAGCCACAAGACAUCUGCCUGGGUUUGGUGUGGUAUACCGCAGCAAGGCUACAGCCAUGUAGAAGAAAAUACCUUUGAAGAGGCUUAGCAUGUCAUCCCUCAUGAAGAAGAGGAGGAGGAAGUCUUCUUCCAACACCCUGAGGAAUAUUGUCGGCUGCAGAAUUUCUCACAGUUGGAAGGAAGGUAAUGAGCCUGUCACCCAAUGGAAGGCCAUAGUUCUAGAUCAACUGCCAACAAACCCUUCUCUUUACUUGGUGAAGUAUGAUGGAAUUGACAGCAUCUACGGACUGGAGCUCUACAGUGAUGACAGGAUUUUAAACCUUAAGGUUUUGCCUCCCAUAGUAGUAUUUCCUCAGGUGAGGGAUGCCCACCUCGCCAGAGCCCUGGUUGGCAGAGCGGUACAACACAAAUUUGAGGGGAAAGAUGGCUCUGAGGUCAACUGGAGGGGGGUGGUGCUAGCCCAGGUGCCAAUCAUGAAGGAUUUGUUUUACAUUACCUACAAGAAGGAUCCAGCUCUCUAUGCUUAUCAGCUCCUGGAUGACUACAAGGAAGGUAACCUCCACAUGAUUCCAGACACUCCUCCGGCUGAGGAGAGAUCAGGAGAUGACAGUGAUGUGUUGAUUGGUAACUGGGUGGAGUACACCAGAAAAGAUGGUUCCAAAAAGUUCGGAAAGGUUGUUUACCAAGUUCUAGCCAAUCCUUCCGUGUACUUUAUCAAGUUUCAUGGUGACAUCCAUAUCUAUGUCUAUACUAUGGUGCCAAAGAUUCUUGAAGUUGAAAAAUCAUAAAGUACAGAAACGUAAACAUAUAGGACUGGAAGAAAAAAAAAAGUUUUUUUUUUCCUGUGUUGGCUACAUAAGGGUCUUUGAUAAUCCCAGUAUCUUUGCCAAUAAAAUGUGUUUUGUUCUAAAAA